GCUGCGAAGAGGACGAGACGGGCUGGUUGUAUAUGUCACCAAAGAAGAAAGUGACUCCAAUGCAAAAAUCAAUGAGUCCGCUCGUUUGGUGCAGGCAAAUACUGGAUUAUCCAACUCCAGACAUUGAAUGUGCUAAAAAAUCAUUGAUCCAUAGGCUUGAACAAACCAUGUCAGCUUUCAAGAGACACAGCCUAUAUAGUAAUCCAUUCAACACUGUCAAUUACACAAACUCCUAUAAUCCCAGUGCUGGAAGUCCCUAUAGCACUAGCUUCAAUUCUCCUUCCCCUACACUGGUGAAAGCUCCUUUAGUAAAACAGCUUAUAUAUCCUAACAACUCAGGUCAUUUCAAAAGUUCAGAUCGAAAUCCUCCACUAAGCCCACAGUCCUCUAUAGACAGUGAAUUAAGUGCUUCAGAAAUGGAUGAAGAUUCAAUUGGAUCUAAUUACAAACUAAACGACUUAACUGAUGUGCAAAUUUUAGCUCGAAUGCAGGAGGAAAGUCUUCGGCAAGAAUAUGCAGCAACUGCUUCUCGGCGUAGCUCUGGUUCUUCAUGUAGUUCUAUCCGGCGUGGAACUUUUAGUGACCAGGAACUUGAUGCCCAGAGCUUAGAAGAUGAAGAAGACAGCUGCCAUCAUGCAGUGCACCCAGCUAUGAAUAGGUUCUCUCCAUCACCACGCAAUUCACCACGGCCUUCACCAAAACAGUCCCCAAGGAAUUCUCCCAGAUCUCGAUCCCCUGCUAGAGGAAUAGAGUACAGCAGAGUAUCACCUCAGCCCAUGAUUAGCCGCUUGCAGCAACCUCGUCUUUCACUUCAAGGACAUCCCCCUGAUUUACAGACCGCCACUGUAAAAAAUGAAGAAAAACUAAGGCGUAGUCUUCCAAACCUGUCCAGGACAUCUAACAUCCAUGUUGAGUCUGUGAAAAACAGUAGAAGUGACUCAAACUUUCAAGUGCCAAAUGGAGGAAUACCUCGUAUUCAACCUCAGUCCUCAGCCACUCUGCAAAAGCAGAAAAAUUUGCACCGUGUUGCCUUCAAAACCAAACAACUACUUCAUACUCCAGCUGCCAAAGGAGUUCCAUCACCCAGUAAAUUCCGGUCUCCAGCAGCACCAUCACCUCUGGCUCUGAGACAGCCAGUGAAAGCAUUUAAUACCCAUGGACCUAGCUCUGUUCCAGAAGCGACACAGCUUCCGCACAGCAGCUCUUCACCAGGGCCUUUAGCAGCUCCCAGUUCUGCCUCUCCGAGCCCAGCCAGCAGCAUCAACAGUGCUACCCUUACCAGACCUGCAGGAACCACAGGGUUGAGGAGUGGCUUGCCAAGACCUAGUGCCCCCUGCACAGGGGGCAUACCAGUGCCUCGCAGCAAACUCACACAGCCCAUUCGCAGAUCACUGCCGCCUCCCAAAACCUAUAGCAGCGUAAAGGAUGAGAGCUGGAAGGACGGCUGCUACUGAACAGCAAAGCUACGUAAUUCAGCAGGUACUCCUUCGCCAGGCUAAACCACAGAACAAUAUGCAGACUGAUCAGAAAAUACUUUUGGGGGGGGGUUAAAACUCCCCAGAUCUCUCUGUCUUUAAUUAGCACAAGCUGGCAGAGAUUAUAAAACAGCACUUUAAUGACAUUAACAUCAGAUACUUGGUGACCACUCAAAUCAUUUUUACGUGAAUCACGUAUCACUUCUGAAUCUCUUCUUCCCUGCUUCCUAAAUUUGUUAUAAAUGCUCACAUGGCUACAAUAGUCAAUGUGGAUACAAGGGCAAAUAUCUUAAAAUGCCAAAGAAAUAUCCAUUUUGAAAAAGCAGCAUGCAAAAUGUUAAGCAAAAAUAAUUCUGAAAGAUCAUACAUUACUUGAUUUUAAAGAGCAAGGCUUUUUUAACAUGUAGAAUAGAAACAUUAACAUUGAUCAAAGCAAAAAUUUUGGAUUGUAAAAUGCAACUAGGCUAGUGAGAUUGUUUUAAACAAUUGUGGAAGAGAUGUGUGGAGAAACUGAGUCACAACAGAACAGUUGUCUCUGGAGUCUCACUCUGGGAGUGGUAGGGGAGUCAUACCAUUUUUUUUCUUUUUUCUUUUUUUCUUUUUUAACUAGGCCUCUGAGACUUGAUAAGCAUAGGUUGCAUUCUUUUAUGUUGACUUGUCAUAUCAGGUUUUGUAUAAUAUUAUGAUUGCCAAAAGGGCUCAUUGUCAGAUAUACAAUCCUAAAACUAGCUGUUCCUGGCUCAGGAAAAUAGCCUUUGUUUUUGCAGCCACAUUUUUAAAAGCACGAGUCCUUUUUGAGCAAACUUCCUGGAAGAAGAAAGGGGGAGUAUUGAUUAAGACAUAUCACCACAUGCUUAAUGCCUGGAGCACAACUGAACAUGCCUGUAGUUAACAUGAAGAAAAGACAGCUAUGCAGCCCUAGCCCAGAGAUUCUAAGGAAAUCAGUUGUUCUGCUGAUACCAAAUGAUAUAUUCAUAUGAGUAAUGUUUCAUGGUAUGAGGGAGUCUUCUUUAUCCUUUUUUUAAAAGAUCAGCUUCCUAAAGGUGUGUUUAAUUGUAAAUACUUCUGCUGAGGUUAUUGCCCUUAUUAAUAUUUUAACUAUGUACUUUGCCUUAUGCCUGUAUUUUGCAUUGUUGGUAACAGUUUGAAAAAAGAAAAGAAAACUCUGCCAUGUAUGUUUACAGAGUGGUUUGUUCCUCUAACUGUUGUCAGCUUUUCACUAUUUUGCCAAUCCUUGUUGUCAGGGUACCCCUCACACCCUAGGAAUCUAGUACUAUUAAUACCCAAAGCCCCAUCUCUUGCAACCCCCCUUCUAGUUGUUUUAUGGUGUAGUGGAAGACAGAAAAUAAGUUAUGUAUCAAAAAGAAGUUGAGAGUAGGUCAGUUGCAAGAAUUUUUGUUUUUUUAGGAAAGAGAAAGCAGUCUCUUAGAAUGACAUUUCCUUGUGCUGUCUAAAGUACUGAGCAAAAAAAUGUUCUUAGCUAGGAUACCGUUUUGGUAAUGACUGAAAAAUCCAACAUGCUCUGUGGCUUGCAAACCUUAUUCAUGCCUGCCUCUUAAAAUGUGUGCUUUUGAAUUUUUACAAGAAGAGUAACUGAUUUGGGGAUUCUAGUCCUUGAUUUUUUAGCUAGCCUUCAUAGAUUAGUGGAUUAAAAGCCAUGCAAUAUUUACUUGAAUUGGAAAAGUGACCAAGGCAGGAUAAGACUAGAUAUCAGUUCCAGCACUCAGGCAAUUUUUUUUUUUAAUUUAAAGGAAUGGCCCUUUUAUGAUCUUGCAUAAGUGAUGGGAUUCCUCACUUCUGGAAUCUUUAGAUGCUGGGUUCUGAAGGCACAAUGUAGAUCAGUUGUUUC